AAUAGGCCCAAAUCAACCUUUCAGGAGCCUAUUCAAAACGAAGAGGAAAUAUUAGGGUUUAGGGUUUCCUAUAUAAAGUGAUCACACCUCCGUCUUCAGCCCUAGUUCCGCUUCUUCCUUCUCCGCCCUUUUCGCUUCGCUACGAGAAGCCAACGCUGCUAUGGUUCACGUCAGUUUCUAUCGCAACUAUGGGAAGACCUUUAAGAAGCCAAGGCGUCCAUAUGAGAAGGAGCGUUUGGAUGCUGAGUUGAGGCUUGUAGGAGAGUAUGGGCUCCGAUGUAAGAGGGAGUUGUGGAGGGUUCAGUAUGCAUUGAGCCGUAUCCGAAAUGCAGCAAGGGAUCUUCUCACUCUUGAUGAGAAGAACCCUCGUCGUAUUUUUGAAGGUGAAGCACUUCUUCGUAGGAUGAAUAGGCAUGGGCUUUUGGAUGAGAGCCAGAACAAGCUCGAUUAUGUCUUGGCUUUGACUGUUGAGAACUUCCUUGAACGCCGCUUGCAAACACUCGUGUUCAAGGCUGGUAUGGCCAAGUCAAUUCACCAUGCUCGUGUGCUGAUUAGGCAAAGGCAUAUCAGGGUUGGGAGGCAGGUGGUCAACAUCCCAUCUUUCAUGGUGAGGGUGGACUCUCAAAAGCAUAUUGACUUCUCUCUCACAAGUCCAUUCGGAGGUGGUCGCCCUGGAAGGGUAAAGAGAAGGAACCAGAGGGCAGCUGCCAAGAAGGCUGCUGGUGGAGAUGGUGACGAAGAGGAAGACGAGUAAACCUUAGGCUAAUACCACCAUUAGGAACCAUAAAAGGCCGUAUGUUUGAAACUUGCCAUCUCCAUUGUUAGACAUGGUUUGAUUUUUGUUUGCAGUCCUUUAUUGUAGUGGAUCUUGGUAUAUGUUUUGCAUUUACUAUUCUGUUUUUACCGGAUUUGAACCUAAUUGAGUAAUUGUGUUGUUUUAAGAUUAAAAGAUUUUAAUUUUGAUCAUAUGUACUAGCUUAGCUCCAUUUUGAUAAA